UGAUACUGUGAUUGUGUGACUGGAACAGUGAUCGGUAGCUCGCUGUGUUAUCCUGAAACUGUUUCUUCCAACUCUUACCGCAUUCAAAGCUCACCUGAAAAGGUUUUCUCAACUAUAUUGGGAGACUUUAUGCCACCGAUAAAUACUUUUGCCGCUGAUUGACUGGACUGUGACUAUGAAGAGGAUCAGGUUAUUGCUGGUCUUCACGACGCUCCUGUUACAGGAUGCAAUAUGCGAACCGCCCGUGGAUUCAGCCUCACUCCCCUUAGAACAUCGAGGCGGAGCAUAUGGUCCACCACUUCCUGCAGCACACACCGAUGACCCUUGGCCACUCGCAACACCAGACAGUCCUAAAAUAAAGCAUCUACAAGUACAAUGUGAAAAAACUCACAUGAGAGUAAAUAUCGAAUUCGAUCGGCCAUUUUAUGGCAUGAUAUUCUCGAAGGGAUUCUAUAGUGAUCCUCACUGCAUGCAUCUUAAGCCUGGUACGGGCCAUUUGAGUGCAACUUUCGAAAUAUUCCUUAAUAGUUGCGGUAUGUCAAGUUCUGCCAACCAUAACGUGGCAGCUUAUGGAAGUCCUACUCCAAGUGGAUCAUAUGUCGAAAACACUAUCAUAGUCCAGUAUGACCCGUAUGUUCAAGAGGUAUGGGAUCAGGCACGAAAAUUAAGAUGUACUUGGUACGACUUUUAUGAAAAAGCAGUCACCUUCAGGCCGUUCCAAGUAGAUAUGCUACAUGCUGUUACAGCUAACUUUCUCGGCGACAACUUGCAAUGCUGGAUGCAAAUUCAAGUAGGUAAAGGGCCUUGGGCUUCGGAAGUAUCGGGUAUUGUGAAAAUUGGUCAAACCAUGACAAUGGUUCUCGCUAUUAAAGAUGAUGAAAAUAAAUUUGACAUGCUCGUAAGAAACUGUGUAGCACAUGAUGGUAAACGAGCACCUAUUCAACUGGUUGAUCAAUAUGGAUGUGUUGUAAGGCCUAAAAUUAUGAGCAAGUUCCAAAAAAUUAAAAACUUUGGCCAAUCAGCCUCAGUUGUAUCAUUUGCAUAUUUCCAAGCAUUUAAGUUCCCUGAUUCAAUGAAUGUUCACUUCCAAUGUGUAAUUCAAGUUUGUCGAUACAACUGCCCUGAGCCAAAAUGUGGAGGAUUAGGUGCUGAUUACGGUGUCCCGUUACUGGGUGGUAAUGCCUUGACAGCAGGAGAAUAUGGAUUGCCGAAUGCAGCUCAUGGUGAAUAUGGACCGCCUCCACCUGCACCACACUCUGAAUAUGGAGUGCCACCUGCAUUCCCAGACCCACGGCAUCCUGCUGACGUUGCAGGCGCAUAUUCCGAAAAACGGGAUGAUGCAGUCCCACCCCCACAAGCACAAGUUUCAUCAACACCUAAUGCACCUAGCCCAUCAUCGCCCGCACCUAAUCGUGAAGAUGACGAUGUAAACUUACCCCCACCUCCACCACCGGGCCGACGCGGAGUUUACAAUACAGUGAAGAGGAAAGACGAAGGCCACGGAAACCUUGCAACACUGGGCGGACGUCCACGUUCUGUAGAAGAUUUACCAGAUAGCUUACUUGGAAUAAGGAGGAAGCGUGAAACAUCAACACGAAUUUACAAGCGCGAUGCUCAAGAGAUGACUGAUGUCAAUACGAGCCGAACGAUUCAAGUAGUAGCACCAGGGGACGUGAACUUUGCUUUAAAUAAUGCUGCAGCCAAUGAGACUGUUGUGAUCCAGUCUCCAGCAACCGAUCCAGAAACGAUAUGCAUGUCUGUGCCAUCGUUCGUAGCUGGUCUCGUUAUGUUAUUAUUAGUGCUGGUGGUAGCAUCUUUGGUAGCCGCGUUUCUUUUCGUGCGCGUUCGUGCGCUCGAUAGGAAGGGCGGACAUGGCACCGCCGCAUACUUCGAGACUGAUUAUGUGAAGCAUACAAACUAACGACGAUAGAAGGCGUGAAUGUGAUGCGUGGACAUUCCAUAAACUCUUCUCGGAUCCAAAGAGCGUGCGUGCAUCGGCCCCGGCCGGACGGCGGCCAGCUGUCGCGGUUGCGAUCGAAGCUCGGUGACAUGUGACUUAUUUAUUUAGUAAUUUAAAACGUGUGAUGUAUAUGUUCGACUGCUUUUUGUAAAUUAUUUUAUUCGUGUGAAAACACUAACUGUACUGCCCUUAUAUAGUCGAUAUGUCUGUUGUAAUUUUGUAAAGAGUCGUAAGAUAAGAGAUAGACAUAAGUUGUAUACCAAUAAAAUGGCGUGUGCGAGUGAUGA